AUGGAUACCGUCGAGCGCGGAGCAAUCGCAGCGGAGAAAGAAGACAAGAGGGACAGACAUGGCAAUCGCGAUGUUGAUGUUGAGAAGACUGCUGCUUCUGACACCCACCCAUCGUCCGAAAAACCUGCUCUCCCGCCACUAAAAGGCCUCUCUUUCCUCGACCGCUUCCUAGUAGUAUGGAUCCUCCUUGCCAUGGGCAUCGGUAUCGCCCUCGGAAACACCGUAGACUCUGUUGGACCCGCUCUGCAGAAGGGAGAGUUUGUUGGUGUUACAAUCGGUUUACUAGUAAUGAUGUACCCCAUCCUCUGCAAAGUACGCUACGAAUCCCUCCACCUCCUCCUAAAAUCACGCGCCCUCUGGAUCCAAAUCGGCGUCUCCUUUGUCCUCAACUGGAUCAUCGCACCACUAUUCAUGGUAGCCCUCGCCUGGGCCUUCCUGCCCGACCGCCAAGACCUACGCGAAGGCCUAAUCUUCGUCGGCAUCGCCAGAUGCAUCGCCAUGGUACUUAUAUGGACGGAUCUCGCCCAAGGCGACGGCGACUACUGCGCCGUACUGGUAGCCUUCAACUCGAUAUUGCAGAUUGUCCUGUUUGCCCCCUUUGCCGUCUUCUACAUCCAGGUGGUGAGUCACGGGGAGAAGACAACGGUGUCGUAUCAGGGCGUGGCGCAGAGCGUGGGCGUGUUUUUGGGCAUUCCGCUUGGCGCCGCCGUGAUUACAAGGUUGGGGUUGAAGACACUGGUGGGCGAGGAACGGUAUCAGCGCCGGUUUAUCCGCUAUAUUGCCCCGUUCUCGCUCAUUGGCCUGCUUUACACCAUCAUUGUCCUGUUUGCCAGCCAGGGCGCCCAUGUUGUUGGGCAGAUUACGGAUGUGCUUCGCGUCUGCGCGCCGCUCUUGGUCUACUUCCUCGUCGUCUUCACGAGCACUGUCUGGUUCUGCUGGAAGAUGGGGUUCGGUUAUAAAGUUAGCUGCACGCAGAGCUUCACCGCUGCCAGCAAUAACUUUGAGCUAGCCAUCGCCGUCGUCGUGGCCGUGUAUGGUGCAGGAAGUGGGCAGGCUUUGGCAAGUACAGUGGGCCCCUUGAUAGAGGUUCCGGUACUUGUGCUCCUGGUUUAUGUCCUCAAGUGGAUACGAGAGAGGUGGCAAUGGGUCUAG